AUGGACGACAGAUAUGGAAUUGGCCAGAAGGGCCUCAACACCACGGGUGGCAGCAAUCGAUUCAAGUUUCAGGGCAAGCAGGCGAGGGCGAAGCGCAUCGAUGUGGACGUGGCCCACAAGGUUCGCGCCGAGGGGUUCCUCGACGCCGACAAAGCGCAGAACCCGGAGGUGGAGGGCGGCUCCUUCUUCCAGCAGGAGCUUGACCGAAGCAAGGAGCUGAACGUCACGCCACCGUUCAAGCGCUUCUACUACAAGGUCUGGCCUUUGGUCCAAUCUCUGCCGGAGCUCCUGCACCAUGCCCCGGCGGUGGUUGACAUGCUGCUGGCCUUGCUGGAGGACCCUGUUGUGGUGACUCAGGCCGGAGAGGAGACCCUCCAGCUGCUAUCGGUCCUAGCACGCGACCUCCAGAGCUCCUUCUUCCCGCACUUCCCGCGGGUGUCCACCGCUCUCAUCGGGCUCAUAGCGUCCCCCGACGUCUCCCCCGAGAUCUGCGGCCGGGUCCUCCGCUGCCUCGGCUUCCUCCUCAAGUUCGUGGCCCGCCCCCUGUCUAAGGAUAUGGCUGCCGUGAGGGCGCUCUACUCCCCGCUCCUGGGGCACAAGAGAGACUUCGCGAGGAAGAUGGCGGCGCAGACGCUGGCGCCCGCGGUGCGGCGACUGAAGCCGAAGGCCAUGCGGCGGCACGCGAAGCAGCUGGUCGGGGCUCUCGCGGCUGGGAGCGUCGAGGCUGCUGCGGGCGCGGAGGCGGGGGCGAGGAGGCUGAGGGCGGACACGUUGGACGGGUGCAGCCAGCUUCUGUUCUUCUCUGCGAAGGGGGUACACGGACGAACACAUUCUCAGGUAGGGGUGGGUGGGAGCACGCACAGAAGCAACAAAACCCAGUAUGCUGCUAUUUUUUUUGCGGCCUUAUUUGUUGUUGCCCUUUGUCGUUGCGCCCAGGCUCCCGUGUUGCUGAGAGUCCUGCUGGACUCUCUUCUGCCGCCAAAGCUAUCGGACACAAACGCACGUCCUCCAGGGGAACGGGCGGGAGGGGAGGACAACCACAGUCGGCGAAAGGAGCUGGAAAGGGGUUGGUGCUUCGAGCUGGCAAGCGCUGUCCUCGCCCUCCUCGUCGAGCACGUCCGCUCCCCCCACAGCGCGGAGCUGUGGCUGGAGCUGCACUACGGCCUUGGCACCGCCGCGGCGCGGCACCGGGCCUCGCUGCCGCUCCGCCCCCCGCCUACCGGCGGCAGCGGCGACCAAGAAGAGAGCGCGGAGUGCGCCGCCGUCCGCCGCACGGCAGACCUCCUCUCCCAGGCGGUGGGCCACAUGGGCGGCAUCCUCCUGCGAGAGGAGGCCAUCGGCGUGAAGCAGGCGGCGCUGCUCGCCGAGGCCCUGGCGGAGCUGACGUCUCCGGAGUUCUUCUGGCAGCCGGGGACCUCCCCCGGGUGUAGGAGGGCCGUGGUCGAGCUCCUGGCCGUUUCCUUGUGCGGCCUGCACAAGCAGCAGCGCCUCGUAACGGUAAUGCCGAGGGUGAUCCGGGCGGCGGCGGCGGCGGCGUCGGCCGCCCCCCCAGUCCCUGUAGACGGGGAGCGUAGGGCAGACGACAGCACCACAGCGGCGGUAGAGUCUCUGGUAGCCGUAGACACCCACCCUGCGCUGGCGCUGUCGCGGUCCCUUCUUGGUGGAGUCGGUGCCGAGCGCACGGAGAACAAGCCCCCGCCCAUGCGCGUGACCCGCGCGGUCGCCCUCCCCCCCCUUUUGGAAGCGUGCUCGGGGCCUCUGUCCGGGCAGGCGGGGGUCGCCCUCGAGGUGCUGGUGCGAGUGAUUCACGGCACUGGGGUGGGGCUGGUGUUUGCAGGAGACAAGGUCAGUGGCAUCGGGGCAGGGAGACGCGCGGAAGUCUGCCGGGAUGACGAUCUAAGCGAGAUGGAGGAGGAGGAGGAGCAGGAGGAGGAGGGGGGGUGGGUCGUCGGAGCGCUGGCUUCCGUGGUCGGGGCGGAAGGCCCUGGGUGUUUGCCCGUAGGGGUUGCUGACGGACACAAGCUAGUGGAUGUCUGCUGCGCCAGCGUGGAGCUCGCGACGACGUCAUUGAAAGGCUCUCAUUCCAGCUCGCCAUCGGCACACGGUGUCCUUCCCGCGGAAGCCUCGCGGGCCGUGGCCGCCCUCCGCUGCCUCCCCGUCCUCGUGGGAAGCUUCGCGGCGACCGCAAGCACCAGGCGGGAGGCGGCCGAACCGCCGCUUCGCGCCAUCGACGCGCUCUUAGCCGCGUGCUCGACUGCACUCGACGGCACCGACGCCGGCUCGGAGAACCCAACGCCCUCUGCAGUUGCCCAGGGUACAGGUACGCCGGCGGCAGACCCCGUCAGCGGUAGCGGCCGUAAGCGCCGCAAGCGUGGUAAGGGUAAGAGCGGCGGCGGCGCGGCCGCCGCCGCCGGUACGGCUUUGGAGGGAUCAAGUGGUGUUGGUAGUGAUGGCGGCGGCGGGGGCGGUGGGGGCGGCGAUCAAGCCGGCGGAGAGGGGCGUGGCGACGAGUUCAAGGUGCUGCGAGCGUACACCCUGGAGGCUGGAGUGGGCCUGUGCUGCUUGCUGCCGGGGGGGGACAAGGGGUCGGCGCGGAAGGAGACGCUUGAGAGACUGGUGGGGUGGCAUGGAAGGGCCAUGGAGUGGCUGAGGGCCUGCCCUUCCUCCAUCUCAACCCUCCGCGCGGUGGCUCUUCUUCUCCGCGCCAUCCGCGCCGCCGCGGGCGGCGACGGCGCUCCCCCCCCCUGCCUCUCGGCGGACGCCUCCUUACCGAUCAUCUCCCUUCUCGAGCCCAACCUGGCCUCGGAGAGCCGCCUUAUCCGCCUUUCCACGGUACGGGUACUGGCACGGUACGACCCGCUUCCCCUGACGGAAGAACCCGCAGCAGCAGGAGGAGGCUUGCCGCGGCAAAGCCAGGGCGAGUCCAGCUUUCUCGAGCUGGCGGAGGCGGUAGAGGCGCUCCCGGUGUCCGUUGCCGCAGAGCGGGACCUCAUGUGGAGGCUGGGUCAGCUGGAGGUGCUGGGCCGUUCGGGCCGGCUGCCCCGCCCGUAUGCCCGCCUGCUUGCCACCCACGCCCUCGGCCUGCUGCGGGUAAAGUUCUCGGCCGUGUGGCCGCGGGCCGUGGCGAUAGUAUCGGCGCUUUACAGGAGGUCCCACCAGCGCGAGGUGGUGUGGGAGCCGGUGCGAGCGGCCCUCCGCAAGGUUAUGCCGCCGCCGGCCACGCGCCAGGAGGUGGCGGCCGCGCUUGAGGAGCAACAGCGGGCUGUUCUUGUGACCAGGCUCGAGGAAAAUCAGCAACAACGUGACGACGCAGCAGCAGCAGCAGCAGCAGCAGCAGCAGGGGAUCAGUCCAAAGAGACCGCUGCUGAAAUCAGAGCUGCUGCUGGGCCUACCAAAGGCCCUGAAAACGGCGACGAUGAGUGUAGCAACGACGUCGAGCCGGUAAAUCAUCAUCCGCAGCAGCCGAGACCCUCCUCCGGGCUGCGAGCGGCGACACCCCCGCCGAAGCCCUGGGUCCCCAGACUCCUGCCCCACGCGGCGGCGCUUGACGGGGGCCCCGCGGAGGAGAUGGACCUACCCGUGGCGUUGCAGGGCGUCUUCCGGGACGAGACCGUCAGGACCGGGCUCCAGCCGGAAUCGGGCGAGGUGCCGCUGUGGGCGAGCACCGACGCCGAUUCGGCGUUCGCGCAGGUGUGGGGGGUCCUUUCGCAGUGCCCCGAGCUCCUGCAGCAGCACAGCCGCACCGUCGUCCCCCUCUUCCUGGGGUUCAUGCAGUACCAGUACCUCGGGGACGCCGCCUUCCCCGACGACCCUGAAACCCGCGCCGUAGGAGUUUCUUCGCACCUGACGCCGUCGGAGCACGCCAGCGAGGGGCCCGGUGGUUGGGGCCCCGUGGUGCGAAGGGGGGGUAAGGGUGAAAGCGGGGGAGGGCAGGGGAGGACGGCCGAUCGCCGCAGCGUGCGGGGGCGGCUGGUGGCCCUGCUCGGUGUUUUUGCCGCUGCGCCGGGACCGAAGAGCCUGUACAAGCAGCGCGUGCUGUUCGGGGUGUAUCGGGCGCUGAUGGUCAUGCCAGACGACAAGGUGGCCGGGCUGGCGCUGCGGUGCAUGCUGGCGUACAGGCCUCCGUACCUGGUGCCGUACAAGGCGAACCUCGAGGGCCUGAUGAACGACGAGACAUUUCGCGACCAGCUGGUGACGUUCUCGCUCGAAAGCGAGGUUGCCGGCACCGUCGGCAUCGGCGACCUGUCCAUCAUAUCCUCGGGCUCGGCGGCCGCUGCCGAUCCCGCUACAAUAGACCCCCUUCACCGGCCGCGCCUCAUCCCCGUAGUGAUCCGUCUCGUCUACGGCCGCCUUGCCGCGUCGGGGUCUCGCGGCCGCGCCGGGGGGCACGGGGGCCCCGCGGCUCGGCGCGCGGCGGUGCUGGCGUUUCUUUCCGGCCUGGCCUCCGAGGAGCUCUCGGAGCUGUUCGCGCUGAUGGUCCGCCCUUUUCUUACCCCUGCGGUUAUGACGUCAUCGUCGGAGGAGGAGGAGGUGGAGGAUGAGGAGGAGGAGGAGCAGAGAGACGAAGGGCCGGCGGAGUGGGAGGAGGCGGAGGAUGUGGGGAGGGCGGUCCGGGUGCUGGAGAGGGCGGCCGGGAUAACCCAGGCGCGCGUCGGGGGCGUGUCGGCGUCUCGGCAGGCCGGGUUCCUGAAGAUGGUGAGGGAGGUGGCGAAGCAGCUCGGCCAGAAGGCGCUGCCGUACGUCGAGAGGGUGCUCGGGCUGGUGCUCGUCCUGCUGGAGCACUCGAACGCCGCGUCGGAAGCCGGCCGGCGCAACGCCGACCCGGGCAACAGCAGCAGCAGCAACAACCAGGCAGGCGACAUGGACGAGGACGAGGAGGAAGUAGACGAUGACGACGAGGCCGGUGGGACUCCGGCCGCCUCUUCCGUUGUCGCCGGAAGGCGUUAUCUUUCAACAGGGAAGAUUUCUCCAGGGGCGCUCCGCACCCUGUGCCUCCGCGCGCUGUCAGAGCUCUUCUCCCAGUUUUCGACCACGUUCGACUUCGCCGCCCACAGCCGGGCCCUGUGGCCCGCCCUCGCCGGCCCAAUCGCCCGCCUCCCGGCCUCCACCAUCGGCGCCACGAGGAAGCCCGCGCUGCUCGCCUUCGCCGAGACAUUGUCCGAGAGCGAGGCGCUGCUGCCGAUGUUGUCGCCGUCGUCGACCGGCGGCGGCGGCGGCGGCGGCGGAGAGGCUCUCAUCCCGGCCGUUCUGGACUGCAUCUCGGCGGGCAGCGCGAGCGGGCGCGUCGCCGGUCCCGCAGUCGUGGGGUCGGCGCUGACCUUCGUGGAGCGGCUGCUGCGGCACGAUGGCGGUUCCCUCCUGGGCCCCCACCUGAACCACCUCAUCUCCAACUUCGCGGCGCGUCUCAGCGUACGCGACGCCUCCGGUGGUGGCGUCCGCGGGUUAGACUUUCACACCGAGCAGGGGCUCGCUAUUCUCGCCCGGGUCGCCGAAAUGGCGACUUCUUCCGACCCCCCUCUCGGCAGCGGCGGUGGGGCCGUGGACCCCGCGUCCAUGUCGAAGCUCGUCGCCCUACUCAUACCGUCCCUCCAGCCCGACCACCGCCGGGGGUCCGACGAGGCCAAGAUCUCGAUCCUCCGGGCGGUGGCGGCGCUGGGCCUGCGGGUAGACUCCCCGGGCGCCCGCAAGGCUUGGCCGGCGCUCUCCCGCCUGCUGGGACCCGCGGGCGCGCGGCCGUCCGGCAUGGCUGCCGCGGCCCCGCGCGGGGAGCUCGUGCGCGCGCUGGAGGCGUUGGCGGGGCGGCCGGACCUAGCGCCGGCGGCGGCGGCCGCCGUGGCCCUCGUCGCCGAGCUGAACGCGCGGGACGCGGUGGCUCUCGACGAGCCGGACUUCGGCCGCGUCGUGCCGGCCUUCAACUCUCUGUCCGAGGGGACCGGUUGGGCGGACAUCGUUGCGGCAGGUGGGGCGGCGGAAUCGGUGCCGGUUCGGGCGGGGGAGGAGGUUGUUGCUGCCGGUUCGCUAGGCGGCGCUCUCGCCGCGACCCCUGUCGCGCAGCACUGCCUCCACGCCAUGCACGAUCAGGAGGUGGCUCUCAGGGGAGCGGCGGGGGCGGCGCUCAAGCGACUCGUGCGGGAGUCGGCGGCGGCGGCGGGCCGAGAUUCAACCUCGGUGGUGGUGACGACGACGGCGACGGUGCGGUGCCCCUGGGAAGGCUUGAUGCGCACGGUGGUGAUGCCCGGGCUCAGGGCGGGGAUGGCGUGCCGCGUGGAGGCCGUGCGCAAGGGCUACAUCUCGCUGCUACGGGAGACCGUGUCCGUCUACCAGGCAGCGGCGGCCGGCGGCGGCUGCGGCGGCGGCGGCGGGGGCGGUGGUGGUGACGGAAGAGGGGAGCGGGUCGGGGCGGCGGCCGUAGUGCCGACCGAUCUCUGGGCCCUUGCGAGGGCGGACGAUCCCGAGUCGGACUUCUUCCUCAACGCUUGCCACAUGCAGGUGCACCGGCGGGCGCGAGCUCUCGCGAAGGCCAGGAAGGCGAUCGAAGACUUCGAAGCCGCUUCGGCGGCUGCGGAAGCGGCCGUCGGCCGCCCAAUCGGCGCAGUAGAAGAGGAACCUUCCGGCCUUGCUGGUCGGGGACCGCAAGCACCGGUAGGAGGAAGAGGACAGACGGCGGCUGUUGCGGCAGCGGCGGCAGGGGCGGCCGGAGGCCCGUUCCGCGUGUCUACCCUGGUCCACUUUCUCCUCCCGUUGGCGCUUCAUCCUCUGCACGAGGCGGCCAAGUCGUCGGAGGCCGGGCUGGUCGGCCAGGCGGUGCAGCUGGUGGGCGCCAUCGCGAGGCACCUCCCGUGGACGCACUACAACUCGGCGCUGCGCGGGCUCAUGCAGCAGGUCGCCGGCGGCAAGGGCGAGUCGGACAGCCACAGCCCCGAGAAGGAGCGGGCCAUGAUCGGCGCCGUGUGCCAGGUGCUCGACGGCUUCCACUUCGCUUUGAUUCCGCCCGACGUCGUCGCCGAGCCUGCCGCCGUUUCCGCCGCCGCCGAACCCUCUUCUUCCACGGCAGCGGUCGUCUCGAACGGGGGCAGCGCGGUGGCACCCGCGGAGAUGGUGGCAGGGGGGGGCGACGCGGUGUGGCGCGCCGUUAACGAUCGCCUGCUGGGCUCUCUCCGCUCCCUCCUCGUCAAAGAAGUCCGCGGGAAGUCCGGGGGCAAGGAGAAGGUGCUCCGUGCGCCGGUGGCGGUGGGCAUGCUAAACCUCAUCCGGAGGCUGCCCACGGACGCGUUCGAGCUGCAGCUCAAGCCCCUGCUGAUGACCGUGUGCCAGAGCCUCAAGUCGAGGGACUCCAACGCCCGCGACACGGCCAGAGAUACCCUCGCCAAGAUGGCGAGAGACCUGGGCCCGGACUACCUGCAUCAGGUGAUCACGGAGCUGAGGACGUGCCUAGUGACCGGCUACCAGCUCCACGUACGAACCUUCACCCUCCACACGGUCCUCAAGACCGUGGCCGACUCCUACAAGCCACCCAACCCCCCCUCGGUAGACGUCCGCAAUACCAAACCCGCCGAACCCGCUUCUGCUAGUGCCACCACCGAUGCGGCAGACGCAGCGGUGAUGGAUGUAGACGGCGAGGAGAGUUCAGCGGCGGCGUUGGUGGUUCCAGCCGUGCCGUCUUCGCUGGUAAAGCCUUCCUUCGACGCGUGUAUUCCGGAGGUGGUGGAGCUGCUAAUGGAAGACCUCUUCGGGGAGUCGGCCGCCGCUAAGGAGGCCCAAGGAGCAAACGUUGCCUCGUCCAAGAUGAAGGAGGCUAAGGGGCAGAAGGCCUACGACUCGUUCGAGAUCGCGGCGAGGACCUUGCUCUUUCGACCGACCUUCACCGUGCUAGCGCCGGAAAACGCGGCUUCGGUAUCGUCGGUGCACGCCCUGGUGGGCCCCGUGCUUGCCCUCCUGGAGGGGUGCGAGAACGCAAGGUCGGUGGGUAAGGCGAACGAGGCCCUCACGAGGAUCGGGAUGGGCCUGGCGGCUAACCCCAGCGUGACGGAGUCGGAGAUGCUCCUCUACGUUCACGCGACCGUGGCGCCGUUCCUUCUCCCCCAGACGUUGGAGGAGGACGACGACGAGGUGGAAGAGGGAGACAGCGAAGACAGCAGCGACAGCGACAGUGGUGCGGAGGGGCCGACCGCCGCGAGAAAGAAGGCCAAAGGGGGCUCCACUGGCGGCGGGGCGUCGUCCUCCGCCCGGCAGUGGAUGGUCUCCGAGGGUAACCUGAAGGGCCACUCCCGCCUCGCUGCCGCUGGCGAGAAGCGUCGGCGAGAGUGGGAGUCCGUACAAGUCUUGGACGGCGCUAGCGCUCCCAAGCACACCGGGCGUGACCGUCACGACGGCCGCGCCGCCGGCCGCCAGCGUCCGACCGUGGGGGGUUCCGCCGCAUCAUCACCGUCAUCGUCGCGGGUGAGGGGCGUGGACCUGGGCGACCCCGCGGCGCUCGGGGCGGUGACGCUGGCGAUGGGGCUGCUGCACUCGAGGCUGAAGGCGGAGGCGACGGCAAGGGGAGCCGGCAGACGGGCGGCGGCGAUAAAUAGGAGAGCGGAGGCGGUGCGGGCCAUGGCGGACCCGUUCGUCCCGCUGCUAACGAGGUCCGGUAUGGGGUGCAUCGGUAAGAACCCGCACACCCCGGUGGUCCUCCUCUCCCUAAAGAGCCUGGGCUACCUGCUCCACUGGGACCUGCCGUCGAUGAAGCGUUGCGCUCCCCUCGUGGGGCGGCACGUGCUUGCCCGCCUCGUGAGGGGAGGGGUCGGCGGCAUCAGAGGAGAGAUGGGCCAGGCGUGCUUCAAGGCUCUGUCGAUGCUGUUCAAGAGCCAGGUGCAGGUGUUUGGGAUCCCUGGUGAGGACGCCGGGCGGCGGAAGGGGAGGGGGGGAGGGCUGUUCGGCCUGUCGCCGAAGCAACUGAGGGCCCUCCUGGUGGUGUUGCAGAUGGCGGUGGCGGAGACGGAGCACCAGAACGCCACCUUCGGGCUGAUCAAGGCCGUCGUGGCCCGGAGAGUCAUGCUGCCCGAGGUCUACGACCUGAUGACCAAGCUCGCCGAGCUAGCGGUCACGAGCCACCGACCGACGCUGCGCGCCACCUCCGGCCAGACCUUCCUGACCUUCCUCCUGCACUACCCCCUGGGGGAGAAACGGCUGCAAUUUCACCUCAACCAGGUCCGUCGAUGAUUGGUUGACUUUGCGUGUGUGUGUGUGUGUGUGGGGGGGGGCACCUAGGGAUCCGAAUGGAAACUCUGUUGGAAAGACAAGCAAUUGAAUAACGCUGGAGCGGCCCGUCCGCUUGGCGUCGUCACGUCAUCAUCGAUCAACACCAAUCCCACAGUGAACAGCCGAAUCAACAGGUACCGUGGAUGAAAAAUACGCAAUCAUUACAUAAAUCAGGGCGGGCAAGGACAAAAACACGAACAGUUGAACCCGACGCGGCAGAGAACACGACGACAGGGUGCCUCGUUGGCCGCCGUGGCGUGGAAAAGAAAUCAUCUUCGAGCGCGAGUGGGUGAGAAUACACCGAGGAAAAUACACCGACACGAAGGGAACACAAUUGAAAACGAGUAAGGGCAGCUGGCGCUCGACCAUCCGUCUUCACCAAUCUCAACACCUCGGACGUUCUCGCAAUAGGGCAGUGGACCAACGAAAGGAUGGAAGAGAGGAAAACAACACAUGGACACAUCCACACAAGGUGCCUUCCUUCAGCACGACAUUAACACCACGAUCACGUCACCACGAGGACGACAUCCCCGUUCUAGCUGUAAGCCAGAAGGGCAAUAGAUCGCCAUAUCGUGACUCAAAAAA